AAACCACAAACUACUUCCUCAUCUAAGUAGAAAAGAAAGUGUUUAUAAAAGCAUGGCUCUUCGGUUCUGCUGCUCUGUUUUUCUUUUGUGUUGAUCGUGAUAUUUGACACGGAUCUCAACCUCAAACACACCAUGACCUGCCUGGCUGCAUUGUUCCUGGUCGUUCUACAGACAGUCUACGGGCCAUGUCAAGCUCAGGAACACAGUUCUCUGCGUUUUGUUGGUAUCGGAGACUGGGGUGGCAUUCCCUUCUCUCCUUUCUACACAGCUCAUGAGCAGGGGAUAGCUCAGGAAUUGGGUAGAGUUGCUGAAAGUGUGGGCUUGGACUUUGUCUUGAGUUUGGGAGAUCACUUUUAUUACAAUGGAGUCAAGGACAUUGAUGAUAUACGUUUCAAGGCUACAUUUGAACGUGUGUUCUCUCAUCCAGCUCUGAUUGCUGUUCCAUGGUAUUUGGUGGGAGGAAAUCAUGAUCACUUGGGAAACAUGUCCGCUCAGAUUGCCUAUUCAACCAGAUCAGAGAGGUGGCAUUUCCCUGAGCUCUAUUAUGAGCUGCAAUUUAAGGUUCCUCACACCAACGUCUCCAUGACCGUCCUGAUGAUAGACACGGUGGUUCUGUGUGGGAACACUUAUGAAGGAGACCAGCCCAAAAGACCAGAAGACCUCACCCUUGCAGAACAACAAUUUGAAUGGAUCGAGAAGACACUGCAAAACACCAAGUCUGAAUAUGUGGUGGUGGCUGGCCAUUACCCUGUGUGGUCCAUCGGUCACCAUGGUCCUACUCGCUGUCUGGUAGAGAAGCUGAGACCACUGCUGAAGAAGUACAACGUCACUUUAUAUCUGAGUGGUCAUGACCAUAAUUUACAGUUUAUUAGAGAAGUGGAUGGAAGCUCAUUUGUUGUCAGUGGGAGCGGGGAUGUCCUGAACAACUCCACUCACCACAGGAAGAGCUUCCCAUCAUCUUGGCAACUGUUUUCUAGUCCAGUGAAUCACACUUUAGGUGGUUUUGUAUACUUUGAGGUGACAGAAAGCAAGAUGUCAAUUAGUUACCUGCAGUUAGAUGGGAAGUGUGUGUAUCAGACCUCUUUUCUUAAACGCACCAUAUGACAGACUAAAGGAAGAUUAAUAAUGAAGUUGCUCUGAAUGAACUGAGCAAAACUGAGUUUAUUUUAUUUUAACUAGCCUCAUUGCACAUGAUCUAAAAAUAUAUUGCAAGGGUCUGUUUUCUCAAUUGAUUUUCUAUCCACGUUUCAUUUCAAAAUUAAGUUUUUCCUGUCACAUCAUUGUGAGACACCUUCAUGUUUUUUGACAUUCAUCACAGUGAUGUCCACAAUAAAAGACAAUAAUGAUGAAAUUGUUCACUGGUCAGAAUCUCAGUGUUUGUAUGCUGGUAUGUAUAGCUGAAGCAGUAAAAAGAACAACAAACACAGAGAUCUACAUGAACUUAGAGAAUGUAUUUGAAGUUUUGUACCUUUUUCCAUAGAAUUCACAUUUCUAUAAACUUGUGGCUGUUUUGUGUCCAUGGAUAUUUUCUCCAGGUGUCUAGCUAAACAUGUAUGUAUGUAUGUAUGUAUGUAAUGUAAUGUAGUGCUCUCCAUUUUUAAAAUUGUAUGUUAAGUUUUUCAUCUAUUAAAUCAGCAAAUUGCAAAACAAUAAA